AUGCACGCCGUUCCUGGAGCCACCACAGUCCUCGUAGAGCUCACUCCAGACAUCCACAUUUGUGGUCUGUGCAAACAACAGUUCAACAAUCUUGAUGCCUUUGUUGGUCACAAAAGGAGUGGUUGCCAGUUGUCUGGCACAACAGCUGGAGCUACCAGUACAGUGCAGUUUGUGGCUGAAGAAACGGUGCCAGCCACACAACCCCAAACUGUGGCAAGAACCAUCACAUCAGAAACACAAACCAUCACAGUGUCUGCACCUGAGUUUGUUUUUGAGCAUGGGUACCAAACCUACUUGUCUGGUGAGAACAAUGAGCCUCGGACAGCUACUCUUGUUACUACUCCACCAAAAUCACGCAGCAAAAAGGCCAGCACAUCAGUGGCACAGAAGAAAUUUAAUUGCAGCUACCCAGGGUGUCAGUUCAAGACAUCCUAUGGAAUGAAAGACAUGGAACGGCAUUUAAGAACACACACAGGUGAUAAGCCCCAUAAAUGCGAAGUUUGCGGCAAGAGUUUCAGUCGGAAAGACAAACUGAAAAUGCACAUGCGCUCCCACAGUGGAGUGAAACCCUACAAGUGUAAGCACUGUGACUACGCGGCUGCCGAGAGCAGCAGUCUGAACAAGCACCAGCGCAUCCAUUCAGACGAACGCCCUUUCAAAUGCCAGAUCUGUCCUUACGCAAGCCGCAAUUCCAGUCAGCUCACUGUUCAUCUCAGAUCUCAUACUGGAGAUGCUCCUUUCCAGUGCCGUCUGUGCCCUGCCAAAUUUAAAAUCAACUCUGACUUGAAGAGGCACAUGCGUGUGCACACGGGGGAGAAGCCCUACAAAUGUGAGUUCUGCGAGGUCCGGUGUGCCAUGAAAGGUAACCUGAAGUCCCACAUCCGCAUCAAGCACAACAUGGAGAAUGCCUUCAGGUGCCUCGUAUGCAAGUUCCAGUGUGGGAACAAGACGAGUCUCCGGCAGCACCUGCGCACCCACCAGCCGGAGCAGCCAGUGAAAUGCUCAGAGUGCAGCUAUUCCUGUUCCAACAAGGCUACCCUCAAAGUGCACGAGAGAAUCCACUCCAAGGAUCGUCCCUUCAAAUGUGAGUUCUGCCGCUUUGAUACCAAGCAACGGAGCAAUCUGACCACCCAUGUGAAGAAAGCCCAUCCAGAUAAAGUCAGAGUCAAAGAAAAAACAGCAGAUCAAGGGGAAGGAGAUCGGCCAAAGGAAGGCAACUCCAGACAAGUUGCCAAGCUGGAGGCCAAGAAAGCCUUCAGAUGCGACCUCUGUGAGGCCUCAUUUGUCCGGGAGGAUUCUCUGAGGAGCCAUAAAAGGCAGCACAUUGAAUAUAAUGGAACUAAAACUUCUGAGCUGGCUGUCCUGCAGUUCCAGAUGGACCCCACCUCACAAGAUGAUACUCCUAUUACCGUCAGUCAUCUCCAGGUGCCGUUGCACACUUCCCCAUAUGGGGAAGGGCAGGUCAAGAUCAUUGUUGGGCAUCAGUUGCCCCAGACCAGCAGCCUGGAGCAAGGAGGUCAAGUCAAUAUUGUGUCUCCUACCUUGAUAAGUCAGAAUCAGGAUGAUCUGUCUGGCAGUAACCAGCUGCAAAUACUGCAGCAGGUGAGCUUGUUGGCUCCGCCCCUUCCUGUUGGGUCUUCAGCAGAAAGCCUUUCAGUCAGCCAACCAACAGUCCUUCUCACGACUCACGAUCAGGCUGAUGGAAGCACACCAAACCAGACCCUGAUCUCCACCAUUCCAGUAGGUAGCCAUGAGGUCUCAGCUAACCAGGCAUUCAUCAAUGGCACUGGGAUCAGCUGCUCAGAUUUGGAAGGGCUCAAUGCUUUAAUUCAAGAAGGGGCAGGAGAAGUGACAGUGGUGAGUGCUGAAGAGCAGAACAUCUCAGUACCAGCAUCAACGUCCCCUCCACCAAUCUUUUCAUCCUCCUCUCAUUCAGAUGUGCCAAAGCAAACCUACUCCAUCAUCCAGAGUGGAGCCCAUGCAAGUUUGCUGUGUCCUGCAGACUCCAUACCAGAUUAGACUAGGGGCUGAAAAAGUCAUUUCUGUGCUCCAUUCGGUCCUAGAGUGCAUUCUAGAGGGGGCUGUUAAGUGAAGCAGGCAAGGUCAGCCUAGUGUCCUCUAAAUGAGCUUAGUUUACAUUCAUGAGAAGUCUGGGGAAGCUGCUGGCUUUAAGGAAGGAUUGUGGUAUGAACAGAUGCUCUUUGGUGGGGACAGUCCCAUUACACAGGGCCCCUUUUUAUCGCUUCCAGGUCUAAACCUCUUGUUCGGUCUAAUACAGUAUCUUUCAUGCUUAAAUGAUGUCUCUUUGGCAUGUCUUGUCCAACUUCGUUCUAGGCUUAAAGAAAUAUCCAGUGAGUCCCAUUGCAUGGAAAAUGCUGUCAAUCUUCAAAACUAGUUGUAGCCUUAAUGGGUAGCAUUGAAAAUUGUGCAUUGGCUCUUGGGCUCCCCAUCCUUUUUCUUUUUUUUUGCUUCCAUAUCUCAGACUUUAGAAUUGUGUUGAAUGUAUAAAUAAUAUAUUUUUAAUGUUUAUAAGAAUGGUCUUGCAUUGUAAUCCACUGCUGAAUAGUUUUGCACUGUGAUCAGUGACUUUAGGAGGGCUGAAUAACAGUAGCUGGAUAUAAUGUGGCAAUGUAAUUCCCAAAAGUGGCUUCGCUCUUCUGUCUUCAAAAGCAGUUUGAUAUGUAGCGGUCAAGUCUGGCAUGGAGGAAAAUGGGGAGAAACAUAUCAGUUGCUGUUGUUGAAGAUAUUGAGUAGACAAGUUAAAUUAGGUGGCAAUAUUGAGGCUCAGGGCAGAAGUAGUUAACUAGUUUUUGAAUAUCUGAUUUCUGUAUCAAGACCAAGAGGACCAGCUUUUGAACCUCACAAUACAUACUGCAGAUGGUUCACCAUACAUCUGAACCAUCUGCAGCAGACCAGCUGUGGCGCCUCAGAUUAGUGUAGGCAAGUUCCACAUGUAUCAGGGAUCCUGAUUUUUUUUUCAGAUACAGCACCUAUAGGACACAGUCGAGCGUCACCCUAAAUCAGGCCUAUGGCUUAGUGUGGAAUCCACCUGCUAUGUUUCUCCUACACCAGUUGGUCUAUGGGGAAAUACGUAGGUGUUACUCUUUACUUUAGAGAAGCAAGAGUACAACGCUGAUGUGAUUUUAUCAAGGGAUGGAGGGUGGGAGCAUAAUUGUUUUCAUUUGAUGAGGAGUUUGAUAUUUUGGGUUUUUGGAAAGAUAGAUACGGUGUUGAAGGUUUAAGUCUCCCUUUACUGCUUAUGUUCGCAAGAGUCUGUCACCAUAAUUUGAUGGUUUGCUGCAGCAUUUCAUGGCACAGUCUUGGGGCUUUAGGAUUUGGACCAAAAGGAGGAUUAGGACCAAGCCCUCAUUAAACUCACUUUUUUUAUAUGGACCACUCAUGGUAUUCCUUAUGUAUCCAGAGAAUGUAACCACAAUUUUCAGUAGGUUGUUUUUGUUUUUAUGUCUCUUCUCUGAGAGACAAGGAUGAAUGUUGCAAGCAUCUUAGGCUGAAUAAUACAUUACGUCCCACUCUAACACAUAAAAAGUGAGACACUAUCACUACUUAAUGGGAGUAGAAAACUACUUUGAAGUCCAGGUUUUGCUUGAAGGUUGCCUUAAUUUCUGCAACAUGUGAUAAAACAGCUCAAAUAUUGUAACAAUAAUGAUUAGAUAGGACUGCACAACAUGUGAUCCAUUGAGUCCAACACAAUCAUUUAUAUAGUAUAGCCUACUGGGAGCAUACCCAAAGUUGCAGGCAGAUACAUGGUUUGUUUAGCAUUUCUCACUGUGUUGGACAAUGUUCAGUCAUUAUAUUAGAACACCUUGAUAAAGUGAUCUUCCAGAUUAUGUGCAGCCCAUGGGGAAAAAUGUACCCUAUUUCUGGCCCAUUGUGUGUGGCGUGUGUGUGAAAGCCUAUAAUGAAUUAUUUUUUGUCACCUGUAGAUGGUGCUAGAACUCAAGCUGAGGUUUGAAGGGAAGGACACAUUUAAAGAAUAGGUACUAUAUGUAUGGGUAUUUCCUGUAACAAACAGAGUGAACUGUUCUGUUUCAGUACAUGUACAUGAAUACUAGCUUAGAAAAGAAAAUGCUUCCUAAGGUAUAUUCCACCAAAAGGGUACCAAGUUUUCCACAGUAAACAAUGAUAACAAAGAAGUGGUUAAAAUUUAAGUUUGUUUCUGUUAUUUUGGAAGUGGUAUAGAUUGAAGGUCUGAUGGUGCAUGUGCACAAGCAAAUAUUUAUAUAUGUAUAUAGGUAUGUUUGUAUAAAAACAUAUGGCUGAUUUUUCAGUGAAAAGUCAACAUAGUCAUCAUUCUGGUGUCAGGUAAGAGUAUUGAUUCAUCUAAGGCAAGAGAUGAAUAGUCUCUUGGAAGGCUAUAGAUGAGGUCCCAAGAGACUUCUGAAUUUUACUAUCAGAUUACCAUUUUUAAUAUGAUAGAAGUAAGGAAAUACUCAAUAUGUGAUAGGAGGGUAAUACUGUUAAUGUGUGUAUUUAAAUGUAAGUUAAAUGAAUUAAUGGGUUUUUUUCUGGCUUUGCUCACUAUCUUUUGUUUGUGGUCCUCAGAAGAACAUUCAAAGGUCAAACACCAUUCUUGGCCCAGAAGGAGGUUUCCAGCACUAGCUUUUUGAGCUUUAUCUAUAGAUCAUGGGAUCUUUGGUAUACAAAGUAGAUACUGCCACCAAAUUAUGACCUUCCUGGUAGACUUUAGAAACGGUUUAUAACACUCAACAGUUCCUUCACUGCUCCUAAGUUAUAUGUUCACAACUUAGAAUACUAUAUUCUAAAAGAGCAGGGAAGAAGAUCUAAGAUGAAGUAGGGUGAAAGAGCUGAAAAAGAGAACAUUGGGUUGGAGUGUUGUAUAUUGUACUAACCACAUAGGAGAAUAGGUGAGUCUGGUAGAAGAAGAUUGGGCAUAUCCAUGCUUUGUCCUAGAUGGAAAUGUAGAAGAUGGCCUGAGAAAAUAGGGGAGGAAGGAAAAAAUGUUCUGCUCUCUGAGGGACAGUCAGAGAUCAGAGGAGGAUCUCUUCCCUGGAGCAAAAGAACAGGGAGGGAGCCCUGUCCCCUUUAAUUCUGGCCUGGGUGAGAGCCAGGUGGGGAAUUCGAAAUGGGAACAGAAGUAUAAUAGUUGGAGGUGGAGGGAAGUGAGUGAAAUUGGAUUACAGAGAAGUCGAAUGAGUUGCGUAGGUGAGGGUAGCUGGUGGGGGGGGAAUGAAGUAUAAGAUGGGACGUGCUCUGAGGUUUUUGUCUGAUGUGGUUGGAAGAGGGGCUAAGUAAAGAAGACGAAGAUGAGGAUAGCAGUGGUGAUAGGAGGAAGAAGUGGGGGGCUUCUUAAUUCUUAAUUCUUGAACAUCUGACUUGCUGGGUGCCAGGGCUCAGGAGGGAGCUUUUGAACACCAGAUGUAUCUGUAAUAACCUAGCCUCAUUCACAGUGUAAUUGUGGAUGAAAGGACAGACCUGGCAUGAGAGCUGGGGGGACUAAAGGGAGGAAUUGCCCUCACUGAGAUCUGUCCAGCUAGGUUUUGUGUGCUACAACACAUGGCAAGGGAGAUAGAACAACAGUUGUGUACUGGGAGGCUGUGGUUAUUGCAAGAAGGACAGUACUACAAAUGGUUGGAUGUAAGGCUUUUGUGAGGUUGGGCCAAAGGGUCAAGCUGGGAGGUGCUGCUAUUGUACCAUCCUUCCAGCUGCAUUGCUGCAUCUGAUCCUGAACUGCUCAGUUUUAUUACAGGUGGAAGCUUUGGCCAUUCUGAAAGCAGUGCUGGUCUGCCCAUAUCUCCAAUCUUCCUUUCUUGGGGAAGACUAUUGAGAAAGUGGUGGGGCAAAAAUUACAGAGACCCCUGGAGGAUAUGGAUUAUCUGGACCAGUGGUAGGUUUAGACAUGGAAUAGAAAUCACAUUGGUCAUUCUUAUGGACAACUUGUGCUGGGAUUUGAAAGUACCAUACUAUGAGGUUCUCCUUCCUGAGUGGGUCAAGUCAGUGAUGGGAGAGAGGGAGAGGUCAGAUCUUCAGUUGCUGCAGUAUGAGCUACCCGAGGAUUCAGUUCUUUUAUCCUGUUUAAUGUAUAUAUGAAGCUGCUGGAAGAAAUAAUCCAUCAGUUUGGGGUAUGAUAUCAAUAGGCAGAUUGUACUCAGUUACUGUAUGUAUCUCCAUUCCAAACCCAAUGGGAGAUACAGUAGAAGUUCUAAUCCAGUGCCUGAAAGCUGUCAAAACCUGGAAAAGGAGAAACAGAUUCAGACUGAACGAAACAGAUGGGGUAACUCUUGAUUCAGAAGCUUCAUGGUUCCAGGACAGUUUAAACUUUGACUCUUCCUUUUGUGUUUCUCCAAAAAAGCAGGCUUGCAAUCUCUUGGGUCUUUCUGGAUUCAAGAGCAGGCAGAGGCCAUAGAUUGGAGAGCCUUUGCCCAACUCUGGCUAGGGCUCCGCUUACCUAGAACAUGAGAACCAUCAAACCUGCCCCUAUCAUCUCUCUGUUAGAUUACUGUAAUUCAGUUUACAUGGAACUGCUCUUGAAGACCACCCAGAAACUCUAGCUGAUGCAAAUGUAUUGAUCCAUGUGCUUAGUAUGCAGUCAUGCUAUUGCCAUAGUAUGCCUUUGCUGCAGAAGCUUCUGUGUUCCUGGGUGCAAUUCAAGGUGGUGGUUGCUACUAUUAAAGCCCUAUAUGGAUUGGGGCCUCAGCCUGGGUAUCUAAGGGACUGCUUUUCCCAGAUGGAUUUUUCCCACCCAAAGUAGCCAAAGGAUGCUUUUUGAAGGUCCCUCUUACCAGAUAUGGUGGGAGGGGUGUGAAGUGGAUAUUCUCUGUUGGGACUCCUUGCUUCUGGAACAGCUAGGUCCUGGAUGGUUUUCGCUCUCAUGGCCUUCCAGAAGCUUGUAAAAACUUGAGAAUUCCAGAAAACCCUUCAGGGACUGAUUAAUGUGAAGUGACUAGCACUAAUGUUAGUUUUUAUUGUCUGUAUUAUGAUUAUUAUUAUUACUGGUAUUUGUUUUAAUUUAUUAGUAUCUGUACACUACCUAGAGUCUACUAGGAUUAAAGUGGUACAUAAAUUGCAUAAAUAAAUGAGUGAUAUUUUGCAUUAAAAAUCAUCUCCAGCAUCUAAAAUGAUUCAUUAUUAUCUCUCCUCACUGCAGUAUUUUGUCAGGUUUAAUAUGAGCAGGGUAUAAAUACAGUGAAGCUGGUUUUGUUUCUAAGGUACUAUACUAUUUUUUCAGAUACUGUUGUUGUUCUCUAUCCACUGUGCUUAUUCUACAAUCACCAUUCACCAGUAUGUGGUGUUUGAUUGCAGGAAGAGAGACUUUAAAAUCACAUUUGUGCUUGUCAUAGCCAGUGGUAGCACCUUGCCCCCCUUGGCUGAUCUUGAAAAAUGGUAAGCAGGGUCAGACUUGAUUCAUACUUGAAGGGGAAACCAUUAAGAUAUCCCAUGGUUGUUGGCAGGGAAGGCCACAAACCACCCUGAAAGAAGGUAAUAAAUCAUUUAUCGUUGCCAUUAUAUCUAUCUAGACAUGUCCAGAUAGUCACCAGGAGUCCUGCCUGACUCAAGCAUUCUUUAACUUGGCCUUUUAAAUGUAGCUUAUUCUUAGGUGUCUAGGUGUACACUGAAAGUUAAGCUCAAAAAAUACUAAGCAAUCACUUUAUUAUCUAAAGGGUAGAAAGGGAGGACCAUCACUACAAACUUCUGCCCACAAAUGUUUCUCCCCUGCUCUGGAUGAAGAUGAAGGUGAAUGUGAGGAAAAAUAUGUAUAAUCAGUUCCAUUACUCUGAACAUGCUCCCACUAGUAAAAGAUGCGAUAUCAGUACUAAUUCAUGGAAAUUGUAAUGAGAACUAACCACCUACCCCACCCCACUCAAAAAUCAUUAAAAGAGAUCUAGAACAAAAUACUGUUUGAAGGAAAUAGCAUCAGGAAGACAGAUUGGAGAAUACAUUGUGUCCUGCAAAGUGAAUCAGAUGUUGAAUUACCAAAAAAAUGCCUAGUUUAAACUUUAGGAAACUAAAUAAUGGCCUGGAUUAA